CCUCUCGUCUUCCCCCUCCCGCCCGUCCCAACAAGGGCAAGGCCGCCCCGCCUGUCCGGCCGGACCAAGGACGACGUACGAGAGGCUCGCCGCCGUCGCCGGUGAUACUGAUACACGCGUGCGUGAUGGACGGGGCCGCGGUGGAGGAGCUGAUACGGCGGCUGCUGGAGGGGAAGAAGCACGGCAAGGCGGCGGGGAAGACGAAGGUCCAGCUGACGGAGGCCGAGAUCCGGCACCUCUGCGCCGCCGCCAAGGAGACCUUCCUCUCCCAGCCCAACCUCCUGGAGCUCGAGGCCCCCAUCAACGUCUGCGGCGACAUCCACGGGCAGUUCUCGGACCUCCUCCGGCUGUUCGAGUACGGCGGGCUCCCGCCGGCGGCGAACUACCUGUUCCUCGGCGACUACGUGGACCGGGGCAAGCAGAGCAUCGAGACCAUCUGCCUGCUGCUGGCGUACAAGGUCCGGUACCCGGACAACUUCUUCCUCCUCCGUGGCAACCACGAGUGCGCCUCCAUCAACCGCAUCUACGGCUUCUACGACGAGUGCAAGCGCCGCUUCAGCGUCCGCCUAUGGAAGCUCUUCACCGACUGCUUCAACUGCCUCCCCGUCGCCGCCGUCAUCGACGACAAGAUCCUCUGCAUGCACGGCGGGCUGUCGCCGGACCUCGACAGCCUCGCCCGGAUCAGGGAGAUCCAGCGCCCCGUCGACGUCCCCGACCAGGGCCUCCUCUGCGACCUCCUCUGGUCCGACCCCGACCGCGACAACUCGGGGUGGGGUGACAACGACCGCGGCGUCUCCUUCACCUUCGGCGCCGACAAGGUCGCCGAGUUCCUCAACAAGCACGACCUCGACCUCAUCUGCCGCGCGCACCAGGUCGUGGAGGACGGGUACGAGUUCUUCGCCGACCGGCAGCUCGUCACCAUCUUCUCGGCGCCCAACUACUGCGGCGAGUUCAACAACGCCGGCGCGCUCAUGAACGUCGACGCCAGCCUGCUCUGCUCCUUCCAGAUCCUCAAGCCGUACAGGGGCAAGGCGCAAACGGAGUGACGACGACGGCCGGGACACACACGGGAGAUGUUCAUUAGAGGCUUUGUUCAGAAUUGCAAGGAGAUGUGCCUGUGCAGGACUGCAGGUGUUUCCUUUCGCAGUUUUGCUGCCGAGAGCUGUCGGCUCAGUCCGCGGUUUCUUCUGAAUCUUUUGCUUGUACCUGAUUCAAUACGUGUAUAUAUAAAAGAUGGGAUAUAGUUUCUGAACUGCUUUCACCUUAUGAUCGUAUUCAUGCGAGGAGCGAAAUGCCAUCUAAAAGUUCAGUUCAGAAGCAGCUAUAUAUGCAAAAGA